AUGAAAGAAGAACCUGCAACAAAGCGAAGAAAACUGAACAACAUCCAGGAGGAGGAGGAGGAUGAGGAUGAGAAGGCGGCGAGGAAGGCAGACUGCAUCAGCGGCCUGCCCGACCAUCUCCUCCACGAAAUCCUCGCCUGUCUUCCCACCAGCACUGCCGUCCGCACCUCCCUCCUCUCGCGGCGAUGGCGGACGCUCUGGAGGACGUCCCCCGACGUCUCCUUCACCACCGGCCUCUCCCCCUCCUUCGUCGACUCCGCCCUCCGCCAUCGCGACCCCGCCGUCCCCCUCCGCUCCUUCUCCCUCGUCGCCGCUUCCGCCAACUCCGACCGCGCCCAACUCCCCUCCUGGAUCCGCCGCGCAGCAGCCAGCCCCGCACUGGAACGCCUUACCGUCAGAACUUACGCUCAGAACCAUCAGCACUCGGGCAUCGUAUCCCCGGCAGUCAUCCGCCGGCACUGCUCUUUUAUAGUGAUCGAUGUCUUCCGACUCCGCCUGGCCUCCUUGCGAGUGCUCGAGCUCGCCUUCCCCGGAGGAGGAAUAACGCACGUGCAUUGGCCCGCCGCCGCCUUCUUACCUUCCUUGCAGGGGCUCGAUCUCGCUAACCUGACCUUGUUUCUGGCCGCCGGGGACGCGAUCUCGAGCAGCUGCCCGGCGCUCAAGUACUGCCGGCUGUCGCUCUUCGCCGCCGCGACUCCCGAGCUCGACGUGAGCUGCCCGCUCCUCGAGGUUUUCGAGCUGACAACGCGCGACGGGCCGGCGGACGACGUGAUCAGUAUCUGCGGUGGCAGCGUCAGGGAGGUGCGGGUGCGGCAGGAGAUCGCGCCCUCCGGCCCGGCCUACCUGAAGCUGUCGGCGCCGGGACUCCGGACUCUGGAGUGGGUCGGCCCGCUGCCGCGCUCCGCCGCCGUCGAUGCCGCCGCCGAUGCUCUCGUCUCUACCCUCGUGAUGCGGACAGACAGCUCGCUCGUCGAGCAUGAUCUGAAGAAGAUGCUGCUGAAGGACGGCAGAGGCCGCAAGUUUUCAAUGCUUAAAGUCAAUCGGCUGAUCUUGCCGAAAUGCUGUAUAACUGCGGCCUUGGGCAAGCUAGUUUUUGAUCGGCGCAAUCAGGUGAAUAAUCCAUCAGAUCAGGAAUAUGAGAAUCUCAAGCAUUUGGAAUUGAUCGCCUACUUUGGAGGAUCGAGCUCACUGGGUGUUGCCUUCUUGCUCAAGAUGUUCUCUAAGAUCGAGACACUGCGUGUGUCUCUCAGCGGAGGAUGUACCAAAGAUUCACCUCAAUCCGAGGAUUUUUACAACUAUUUCAGCGGAUUUGGCAAAGGAGAAUACUGGGAUUCUCACAACUUCUGUCUUGAGAAAUUGGUCCGGAUAUCGAUGCAUGAGUUUACGGGAAAAAGAUACGAGUAUGACUUCUUGGAGUUCUUAUUCCGAGUGGCAACUUCGUUGCGGAAAAUAACCAUCUCCCCAGAUAGCCAAGCAAUUUUUUUCCCAAAAGAAAUUUUUCAGAGAAUGGAGCAACUGCACCAAUCUUUUCCGCACGUUAAGAUUGUAAUCUCGUAA